GAGAGCGAGAGCGUCAAGGAGGAGCUGUGCUCUUAGUGUCAGCAUGGCGGCGUCGCAGGUACAUAGGCGGGAAGGGCAAGAAACAGCAAGAUCUGUGUUGGGGUGGACGGAGGGAGGCGAACAGAGCGGCGGGCACGUUCCGUCGUGUGUGGCAUGGCACUGUGUGUGUGUGUCUGUCUGUCGCGUCACAUCCGGGUUGAUUCUUGUGUGGUGUCUGUCCUGGUGUGUGUCACGCAGGUGUCGAAGAAGCGCAAGUUUGUGGCUGACGGCGUGUUCUAUGCCGAGCUGAAUGAGUUCCUCACUCGUAUGCUCGCCGAGGACGGAUACUCGGGGGUGGAGGUCCGAGUCACGCCCAUCAGGUACGGCCGUCACAACACUCUCCCACGAACACCACCACACACGACACAGGGCGGACGGGCGACACGACAGGCUGGCCAUUCCCGCGUGUGUGUGAGAGUGUGUGUGUGUGUGUGUGUGUGUGUUUCAGGACUGAGAUCAUCAUCCGCGCCACCCGCACUCGUGAGGUGCUGGGCGAGAAGGGCAGACGAAUCCGCGAACUGACCUCCAUGGUGGGCCAGCAAGCUUUUUAACACAACACACACUCCCACUCCCACAGCAGGCAGACAGAGGUCAUGCAUCUAUAUGUAUCUCUCUCUCUCUCUCUCUCUCUGUGUGUGUGUGUGUGUGUGUGCAGGUCCAGAAGCGCUUCAACUUCCCGGAGAAUUCGGUGGAGCUCUUCGCCGAGCGCGUCGACAACAGAGCCCUCUGCGCAAUGGUACCACACCCUCGGAGCCCACACACAACAUGCAGUGCAGGGCAGUGCGUGACACGAGUGCACCACACAAUGGUGUGUCAUUCACUGGUAUAUGUUGCAGGCUCAGGCCGAGUCGCUCCGCUACAAGCUGCUGGGCGGUCUGGCCGUCCGCCGAGCCUGCUACGGCGUCCUCCGCUACAUCAUGGAGAACGGCGCCAAGGGCUGCGAGGUCGUCGUCAGCGGCAAACUGAGGGCUCAGCGAGCCAAGAGCAUGAAGUUCAGAGACGGGUAACUAAGGUCAAUAAGUCAGUCCAACAAACCCACCGACCAGAACGCAAUGCCUCCUGGGUGGCCUGGCAGGUACAUGUUGGCGACCGGGGAGCCGUCCCGCGAGUACAUCGACACUGCGGUGCGCUCGGUGCUGAUGCGCCAGGGCAUCCUGGGCAUCAAGGUCAAGAUCAUGCUGCCGCACGACCCCGAGGGCAAGCAGGGACCCAAGACACCGGUGCCAGACAAGAUCGAAGUCCAGGAGGUAAGUCAAGCGAAGCGCACACGGCCACAGACCAGACCCACUCACAUCACAGGGAGAGAGGGAGGGAGGGAGGGAGGGAGGUAAAGAGGGGGGUAGUGAUGAGUGGCGUCGCCCCAGUCUGAGGUGCACCUCUGACGACACACACGCCAGAUAGCCAAACCCCAUUUUCUGAACACCCUCCCUCAUCACCCCAUCCAUCCAUCCAUCCAUUCACACAUGCACUCACUGCACAUGUGUCCGUCCGUUAUCCGUCAUCACACCAACCAUGGAUCCCUCUCUGGUGUCUCUGUCUCUCUCUGUGUGCCUGUGGUGUGUGUGCAGCCGAAGACCGACGUGGCGCCCAAGAUGGUGCCCCCCCAUGCGGAGGGUGGGAUGGCUGCCGUGACGGGAGGGAUGGCCCCUGGCGUGGCGCAGCCCGACAUGGCCAUGGGAGUGCCGCCCUCAGUGCAGGACACCUUCACCGACAAGGCCUCCGUCGCACCCAUGGGAUCCACCUACUGAGCGUGACACUGUGGUGGGUGCACAGCCACAUCCGUGGACACCAAUCACCCCAUCCACAGGGCAUGACGGACGAACUGCAUAAUACGUAAUACUUACACCACAUCCACGUCACAUCCACUGUGUGUGCGUGUGAAGUGUGUGUGUGUGUGUGCGUGACACCGUGUGAUCUCGCUUCUCUUGUCCUUCUUGCAAUCUGAAUGACACUGUGUGCGUGUUGUGUUGUGUUAUGAUGUGAUGUGACGUGGCCGCCACGUACGCGUGAUGCAUGUGCGCAUGGACGUCGACCCGCCAAGGGGUCUGUCUCCUGCUGCUGUGCGAAGGGUUUUUUCGACGCAGCGACAUGUGUGUGUGCGCCGCUGCGGUGGGACGGCCUGCGUUGCGAUGAUGAACUUUGUUUGAAGUCAAGUGAUGAGUCUACC